AUGAGUAAUCCGUACGGGCAAAGCUACGAGAUGUCGAAUUAUAAUAAAUAUUCUUCAUCGGGAGAAGAUGAUUUUGUAUCUUUUAUGAAUGAAGUUCAAGAUAUAAACAAUCAAUUAGAUCAAUAUUCGAAUUUAAUUAAUUUAAUUUCCAAUAAGCAAAGAAACUUAUUGCAAGAUUUAGAUUUGAACGAAGAAGAUAGUGAAUAUAAUUCGAAACAAAUUGAUAGUUUAGUAUUAGAAGCACAAUCAUUACAAAAUAAUUUAAAGAAUCGAAUUAAAAAUGUUCAAACCCAAGCAGUUCAGUCUAGAGAUCAAACCAAAAUUGAUCAAGCAGAGAAUUCCCGGGCCAAAUUUUUAGAAUUAAUUCAAGAAUAUAGAUUAAUCGAAGUUAAAAAUCGAGAACAAACCAAAGUACAAGCAGAAAGACAAUAUCGUAUUAUAAAGCCUGAUGCUAGUGAUUCUGAGGUUAAACAAGUUAUUGAAGAAGGAGGAGAUAAUCAACAAUAUUUCCAACAAGCUUUAUUACAAAGUAAUAGAAGAGGAGAAGCAAGAACCGUUUUAAAUGAAGUUCAAAUAAGACACCGGGAAUUAUUAAAAUUAGAAAAAACCAUGGCCGAAUUAACUCAGUUAUUUCAUGACAUGGAAGAAUUGGUGAUUGAACAAGAUCAACCAAUUCAACAAAUUGAUGAACAAGUUGGUGCUGCUCAACAUGACUUAGAACAAGGGGUGGGUCACACCGAUAAAGCAGUUAAAAGUGCCAAAAGUGCUAGAAAGAAGAAAUGUUGGUGUUUCUGGAUCUGUGUUAUUAUUAUUGUUAUUAUAGUUGCAAUUAUUGCCGGUUACUUUGGUUCAAAGAAGUAA